AUGUCGUCUGAGAAAAACGCGCCGUGCACCGAGUGCUUGAAGCGUGGCUACGAAUGUGCGUACGUAGGUGGGCUACAGCUCGAGUCUGGUUUGAGCACAUGGGGUGCUCCUGGCUUAAACAUCGACGAGGUGGGAAACGCAAGCGACAUGGAGAGCACGACAGGUGCUGGAAACCCAGCGUCCGACGCCUCGACAGCAGCACACGCGGCAGCCAUGCCAAGCCAGACUUCUCAUCUACACGCAUCAUUCUACUCUGACUCCUUGAAACAACUAUCAAGGAGUGGUGGGAGCGAAGAUUUGGUCGAGCUUCUCUUGUUACGCUUUGUCAGGUCUGGAGAUUUUAUCGCAGCACUCAGAGACCAACCCUACCAGGCAACAUUCGAAUCUAUGGCCCUCAUCUAUGGUUGCAUAACGUUGGCCCUGAUCCACUGCGACUUCCUCCAACAGACAGGACCGGGAGGUGUCGAACCGAGCAGAGACAACAUUCAGAGCUUCCUGAAUUAUUGCCGAGAAUGCCUACACCACUCCAUUUCGGACACCCCUGGCGAUGAUAAGGUGGAAGCAAAGAUCUUGUACUGUGCGGCAAUACUCUACUACGAGCAUAACCUAGGCCGAGCAUUCGCCGCACUUGGCGAGGCUUCAGCUCUAGCCGAAGCCUCAGGCUACCGAGAUAGCCCAUAUUCCAAGACACAUGCUGGUCAAAUGCGAGCAAGAGCCUGUGGCGUCCUGGACGUCUUGUAUUAUUAUGCAGCUUUCUAUCUCGGUAGAAGGCAGACCCCGUCUCUGCAUUCGUUCCAAGGAUCCACGGCUAUUCUCAACAUUCCCAACAGUCACUCCACCGAGUCAACGCUGUCGCUCUCUUCCCCGCAGCCACUUGAGCAAUGGACGCCAGCGCUUCCAAUCAUUUUCCUCUGCCGAUUGGCCAGAAUAUCUUCUACUGUUGGGCUAGAGAUCUUCAAGGGUGCAUCCGUAACACGGCAACUUCUCAUGGACUUUGAAGCCCAGAUCGAGGAUGUGUACCAGAAGAUUCCGGAGACGAUCGUCGGCGAUCAACUCAAAGCCACGUCCCUAUCUAUGAUGGCGCGCAUAGUAUACUCUGGCGCGAUACUGGUCCUGUACCGGAGGUCAAUGUUUCCUCCCUACAUCGGAAGACCAGGACAAGAGUGGAACCAUUUCAGACGCAGAUGCAUCUUAGCCGCCGUCGACAUCGUACAUAUCCAAGGCGAAUUUGUGGAGAACGUGCAAAGCGAAAAUCGAUGGGAUCUGAGCCCGCUUGUGUCAUAUGAUUUUCUUUUGGCUACGACGGUGCUCUGCUUGGAGUUUUCGUUUCUACUCAGCAGUCCCAGCAUCGUCGAAGAUGGUGAUUGGGCUAGACUUGUGAUAAUAGAGCCGGCAGUCCUCGAAGAGCGGCUUAGGACCUGUCAAGCAUUUUGGGAUCUUCGGGAUCCGAGCAAGAUACCGACGGCAGCCACUCGGGUUCUUACAUGGGUGAACGAACUUCUGAUGAAGUAUGGAUAUACAGAACUUGGCCUUCCCUAUAUCACGCCGGGAAAUACCGAUAUUUUUUCGAUGGACGCAUUGUGGUCGAUUGAAAGCGCACGGAUGGACCCCAACGAGUUUUCUACCGUAUCUUCGGACAGCCAGGAUUUUCCCGAUGUUUUCAGGCCUUGGGCAUGUUAG